AUGUCGUCUGCAGCGUCUCCAGCUUGCAAAAAGCUUCUGAUCUUUGGGGCAACUGGACUUAUCGGGAGCCGCAUCACGAGUGAACUCGUCCGAAACAAGUCCAAAUUCGAGCGUAUCGCUGUAUUCACGUCACCAGGUACCUACGAAUCCAAGGCAGGCGUGAUACAAGACUUGCAAAAGCAAGGGGUAGAUAUCAUAGUAGGCGAUAUAAACAAAUUAGACGAUGUGGUCAGGGCGUACCAAGGCAUCGACACUGUGAUCUCUUGCGUCGGCAGAAAUGUGAUUGAACAUCAGAUCGAGCUGGUUCGCCUCGCCAACGACAGUCCUUCGGUUCACAGGUUCUUUCCGUCCGAAUAUGGAACUGAUAUCGAGCACAACCCAACUUCGGCUCACGAAAAACCACACCAAAAGAAGUUGCUGGUGAGAGCAGCGUUGCGGGCUUGUGACCGUCUGGACCAUACCUAUGUGGUUGUUGGCCCAUACGCGGAUGGAGAACCCGGUCUCUAUUUUGGCAAAAACCCGGUUGUCAAGGAAGCCGGAACAUUCGACGUCAAGAACAAAGAAGCCGUGUUGCUCGGUGAUGGGAAUCAAAAGAUCAGCUUCACCACAAUGAAAGACGUCGGCAAACUUGUGACUCUUGCUGCCCUCCAUCCUGACGCAAGUCGAAACAAAGCACUUCGAGUCAACUCCUUCACAGCGACCGACUCGGAGAUCCUCAAAGAAUUUGAGAAGCAAACAGGAGGACAGCCCUGGAAGGUGUUCUACACGAGCCUUGACACUUUGAAGAAACUUGAGAAGGAAGCUUGGGAUGCCGAGAAGCCCUAUGCCACCAUCUUCACCCUGAAGCGGAUCUGGGCCGAAGGUGGCACGUUGUACGAUAAGCGAGACAAUUAUUUGAUCGAGGCGGAGGGCGUGAUGGAGACGUUGGCAGACGCUGUCGCGGAAGCCAUCAAAGUCCAAACGAGUUAA